AUGCUAAAAUCUUUAUUAUUAGUACACCUUUUCGCUCUGGUUACAUUAUCAAAGCAUAUCGGAAAUCAAAUAAUAGAAUUAGAAGAGGUCAAUUACUAAGUGAUAAUAAAAGUAAUUGAUUUUUCAGGCUAUGCUUUAUCUGGAGUGAUUGUUAAUGUUAAGUACAUUUUUAUAUCAAUAUAGGAAUUCUAAUAUAAUUAUUGGAGAUAAGGAUCAAAUGACUGAAGGAACAGGUAUUGUGACAUUUAUAGGAAAAAUCCCAAAACAAUCAUCUUACCAAAUUACGGCAAUUGCAACAACUACUUUUAACGACAUUUCAACAUCAGGUAAAAUAGAUGGGAUUGGAGAUUCAAAAGGCACUAUUGUUUUUAAUGGCAAAUUAUAAUUCCCAUAAUCUGAUGUAUAAGUCUAAGAUGUGUUUUAAAGAGGAUUAAUAAUCGUAAAUAUCAAAUAUAAUUUCAGUUAAAAACACAAUCAAACUCAAAGCCUCUUCCUGGGGUAACAGUAAUGUUUACCGCAAUUUAUUCAGAAGAUAAAAAAACAAAAGAAAUAAAUUUCAAAGCCACAACGGAUGAAAAAGGCGAAUAAAAUGUUAGGUUUUUAUUACCCUCUUAAAAGCCUACAUUUAUUAUUCUUUAUACUGCUUCUAAAAAUGAAUAUUGGAAUUCUUAAUAAUUGAAUCGUGAUGCUUAGGAAUUUGCAUUAUGGCCGUAAUAAUUAUAGAUAUAAUAAAUUUAGUGUAAAAAAAUAUGAACUACCAAUAAUCAUAAAUUUGGAUCCUGGUUAAUUCAAAUAUAUCGUAACAGCAUUAGUUUAAGAUUAAUUAUCUAAACCAUUACCUGGAGCAAAAUUUUAAAUAGGAGGGAUGAACUUGGGAUCAAAUAAAGAAUUAGAAUCAUUGAAUGCAGUAAGUGGAACAGAUGGAAAGAUAAAUCUCAUUAUUCCUUUAAAAGCAACUGAUAAGAUUCAUGUCAAGGAACAAAUUACAAAGGAUGAAUAUAUUGGGCAGAGUUCUGAAUUUGAUGAAGUGUUUAAUCUAAAUGUUAGAAAAGAUUAAUUCACUCAUGAUUUAGGGAUUAUAAAGUUAUAAGAAGCUUCAGGGGAUUUAUAAGUAAUAUGAGUAUAGAUAUAUUUAGAUUUCCGGAAUCAUCACUGAUUCAUCAAAAUAGGUAUAGUUUGUACAAGGAGCUAAAAUUGUAUUUACAAUUUUAGAUAGCAUAGAACCUGUGUCUGCUGUUACAGAUGCACAAGGCAAAUUUAAGGCAGAAAUCUAUGUACCUGCUAAUAAAGAUUUAUAAUUAAAAGCAACAGUCAAUGCUCAAGGAUUUAUGAAUAAAAUAGCUGCUCCAAGAUAAAUUAAUGUUUCUUCUAAACAGCCUUUGUAGAUAACUUUUGAUGUAGUUUUGGAUAGAACAAUAAAAAAUAUAAAAAUAAAAGAUAAGCUUGUUGAUCCAACUGGUAAACCUAUUUAAAAUGCAAUCGUUAAAAUUAUUGAGAGUAAUCCAACAAUGCCUGAUAAAACUCUAUAUAAUAAGGAAAUAACAGAUAAUGCAGAGUAAUUUAAUUAAACUAAUAUAUAGUGGUUCAUUUGAAUAUCCAUUUAGUUGUUAUGAAGAUAUAAAGUUUUCAGCAACAUUUGUAUUUCAAGUGCCUUAAUUUGUGCCUGUAACUUAUAAAACAGGAGAUUUGGAAUGUAAAGAUUAAGAUUUAGUGAAAUAUUCUAUGACAUUAUCAAAAUAGACAGCUAUUCUAUUAAUCAAAGGAUAAGUAAUAGAUGUUGAUUAAAAACCAAUGAAAGGAGUAGCUCUUAAAUUUAAGUCAGAUCCAGUAUUAGAUGUCCCUAAUCCUAAUUUGGUUACUGAUGCAAAUGGUAAUUGGUAGGUUGAAAAAUUAACUGUCAUACCUACAACAACUUAUAAAUUUACAAUUGAAUACACUAAUGAUAUAAAAUAAUUAGUAUAACUAGUAUAGACAUUCACUCCUACAAUGGAUAAGGAAUAAACUUUUAACUUUCCAGUUAUAGGAUUUUAAAAAUAUGUUAAAGCUAAAAUUGCUGGUAAAAUAACACCUUCAGAUGGCAAAGCAGCUAUUCCAUUACCAUUAGUAAUUACCUGUGAUGGAAAGGGUAAAGAUGGAAAACCAAUUGUUAUAGAAACUACUACAAAAGAAGAUGGAUCAUAUUCAGUAGAUGUUGAAGUAUUAGCAGGAGCUGAUAAGCCCUUAUCCUGCGUAGUUACAAAUGGUAGUACUGGAAAUGGAGCUGGAGGUUCUGGAACAGGUAAUACAGGAACUGGUGGUUCUGGAACAGGUAGUACAGGAACUGGUGGUUCUGGAACAGGUAGUACAGGAACAGGUGGUUCUGGAACAGGUAAUACAGGAACUGGUGGUUCUGGAACAGGUAGUACAGGAACUGGUGGUUCUGGAACAGGUAAUACAGGAACUGGCAGUACUAAUACAGCUUCACCUGUACAACCUAUAAAAGUUGAUGUUAAAGUAUCUGCUCCUACUUGGAGUAGCAAUACAAAUAUUCCUGUUACAUAUAAUACAGUUGAUAUCAUUGUAAAAGGAGUUGUUAGUGAUAAAACUAAAACAAUUACAACAGUUGAAGGUGUUGAUAUUACUUUAAUUGUCACUCCUCAAGAUGUUUACAUUUAAAAUCCAGGUAAACAUAUACUUGAGUCAUACAUUUUAUAUAAAAGACAUUUUUAAAGUUCUUCUCAAUCAAUAUUGUAAACAAAAUCAGGAAAAGAUGGAUCAUAUGAAUUUAAAUUCAAAGCUAUAUAAGCAUAUCCAUUGAAAUUUGAGAUAUAAGCUAAAAAGGAUCCAUUAUUUUCACCUUAUGAAAAGAAAGGAAUUGAAGAAAAAUGUUAAAAGUCUGAAACUUUAACUGAAAAUAUAGAAAUAGACAGGAUUAGAAUGUUAACAAAAUUACAUUCUACAUUAAUUGGCACUGAUAAAAAGCCAAUAAUAAAUGCAUCUGUUAAAAUGACAUCAUCUGAUCCAAUUAUGAAAGAUUCUAAAUAUUACAAUUUACCAAUUAAAGAUGAUGAUAAAGGAUCCUUCUUUUUGGAUUUUGAAUGUUAUAAAGAAUUUGAUUAUGUUGUUGAUUUGUAGAUAGAUGUACCUCAAUAUGUAUAAUAAAACAUAAAGAGUUCCAAAUUUAAAUGUUCAUAGGCUUUAACUGAAUUAAAUCCAAUAUCUUUAAGUUUGGAGAAGAUAUAAAUUAAGGCUAUACUUUCAGGAAAAGUAAUUGAUCCUCAUGGAGAUGGAAUACCUAAUUUAGCUCUAAGUAUAAUAACAGAUCCUGAAAGUGCAAAUUUAGAAACUAAGACAUAAACAGAUGGAACAUGGACUAUAACUGAUCCUAAGAUAUACCCUAAUACAGAAUAUAAAGCAAUAAUUACUUAUAUAGAUAUUAAUAAAUAGAAGUAAAAAAUAGAAUAAAAAUUCACAAUUCAAAGUGAUAAUUAAAAAGUUCCAAUUUCAGAUAUAAAUUAUUAAGCUAUUGUGAAUGCUAAGAUAUAAGGAAAAAUUGAUUUAGAGAAAGGGACAUUGAAUUCACCAGUUAAAAUCAAUUUGAGUUGUCCCAAAUUUAAAGAUUCUAAGGGAGCUGAUAUAAAUCAAGAUUUCUCAACUGAUAAUAAUGGAAAUUUUGAUAUUCCUAUAUAAAUUUUGGCUAAACAUGAUGAUAAAAUAGAAUGUAUUCUAAAAACUAAAGAUUCUCUAUAAGAAACUACAUAAAAAGUAGAAUUAGUAGCUCCAAAAUUUNGUACAGGAACUGGUGGUUCUGGAACAGGUAGUACAGGAACAGGUGGUUCUGGAACAGGUAAUACAGGAACUGGUGGUUCUGGAACAGGUAGUACAGGAACUGGUGGUUCUGGAACAGGUAAUACAGGAACUGGCAGUACUAAUACAGCUUCACCUGUACAACCUAUAAAAGUUGAUGUUAAAGUAUCUGCUCCUACUUGGAGUAGCAAUACAAAUAUUCCUGUUACAUAUAAUACAGUUGAUAUCAUUGUAAAAGGAGUUGUUAGUGAUAAAACUAAAACAAUUACAACAGUUGAAGGUGUUGAUAUUACUUUAAUUGUCACUCCUCAAGAUGUUUACAUUUAAAAUCCAGGUAAACAUAUACUUGAGUCAUACAUUUUAUAUAAAAGACAUUUUUAAAGUUCUUCUCAAUCAAUAUUGUAAACAAAAUCAGGAAAAGAUGGAUCAUAUGAAUUUAAAUUCAAAGCUAUAUAAGCAUAUCCAUUGAAAUUUGAGAUAUAAGCUAAAAAGGAUCCAUUAUUUUCACCUUAUGAAAAGAAAGGAAUUGAAGAAAAAUGUUAAAAGUCUGAAACUUUAACUGAAAAUAUAGAAAUAGACAGGAUUAGAAUGUUAACAAAAUUACAUUCUACAUUAAUUGGCACUGAUAAAAAGCCAAUAAUAAAUGCAUCUGUUAAAAUGACAUCAUCUGAUCCAAUUAUGAAAGAUUCUAAAUAUUACAAUUUACCAAUUAAAGAUGAUGAUAAAGGAUCCUUCUUUUUGGAUUUUGAAUGUUAUAAAGAAUUUGAUUAUGUUGUUGAUUUGUAGAUAGAUGUACCUCAAUAUGUAUAAUAAAACAUAAAGAGUUCCAAAUUUAAAUGUUCAUAGGCUUUAACUGAAUUAAAUCCAAUAUCUUUAAGUUUGGAGAAGAUAUAAAUUAAGGCUAUACUUUCAGGAAAAGUAAUUGAUCCUCAUGGAGAUGGAAUACCUAAUUUAGCUCUAAGUAUAAUAACAGAUCCUGAAAGUGCAAAUUUAGAAACUAAGACAUAAACAGAUGGAACAUGGACUAUAACUGAUCCUAAGAUAUACCCUAAUACAGAAUAUAAAGCAAUAAUUACUUAUAUAGAUAUUAAUAAAUAGAAGUAAAAAAUAGAAUAAAAAUUCACAAUUCAAAGUGAUAAUUAAAAAGUUCCAAUUUCAGAUAUAAAUUAUUAAGCUAUUGUGAAUGCUAAGAUAUAAGGAAAAAUUGAUUUAGAGAAAGGGACAUUGAAUUCACCAGUUAAAAUCAAUUUGAGUUGUCCCAAAUUUAAAGAUUCUAAGGGAGCUGAUAUAAAUCAAGAUUUCUCAACUGAUAAUAAUGGAAAUUUUGAUAUUCCUAUAUAAAUUUUGGCUAAACAUGAUGAUAAAAUAGAAUGUAUUCUAAAAACUAAAGAUUCUCUAUAAGAAACUACAUAAAAAGUAGAAUUAGUAGCUCCAAAAUUUUAAGUUUAAGGAGUUUCAAUAAAAUCUAAAUUGGUUACUACUACAUUUACAAUAACAGGUAAAUUAAUUGAUAACUAAAAAUUGGAAGACAAAUUACCUGGUUUAAAAAUUACAUUAACAUUAAAACCAUCAGAUCCAAUAUCUAAUUAACCUAUUAUUAGUAAAAGUGUUAAUGAUGGAACAUAUUCUAUAAUUUUUGAAGUUGUAAGAGGAGUAAAUUAUGAAGCUACACUCAAUAUAGAUGCAUAACCAUAAUUUAAUAUUUUGAAUGAAAAAUUAUAAUUAAUAGGUAAAGAAGAUAAAUAAAGCAUUUCAAAGGAUAUUACUUUAAUAAGAUCUAUUAUAGAUUGUAAUAUUAGUGGAUAAUUAGUUGAUAUGAAUUAAAAACCAAUUUCUAAUUCUAAAAUUGAAAUUUUAAGCUCAGACCCUCAAAUGACAAAUACUUAAUUAUAUAAUAAAUUUGUAGCUGCUCCAAAAGGGGAUUUCUAAUUACCAUUUUAAUGUUAUAAUUCAGUAUCCACUACUUUAAAAAUGGAUAUGGAAUCUGAUGUAUAUCCUAAAACUGCCUUAUCUCCUUAAGUAUUUACUUGUGGAGAAAAAGAUCUUAAACUCAAACCAAUAGUAGUAUCUACAAAAUCUGUUUAAAUAACAAUUUCUGGUGUGUUGACAGAUAGUAGUGGAGUAACAAAAAAUGUAUAAAAUGCUCAAAUAGAAAUAAUACUAAAUCCUGCUGAUCCUUUAGCAUCAAAUUUGUAAACAAAAUCAGAUUUAAAUGGUAAAUAUUCAUUAAGUUUUGGUGCUGUCUAAGAUUAAAUUUACACAGCUGUUAUUUCAAUAACUAAUUCAGACUUUAAUCCAUAUAAAUCAUCAAAUAUUCAGAUUAAAGCUGAUAAAGUAUAGAGUAUAUCUCAUGAUGCAACAAUGGAUAGAAUCAUUCUUUAAGCAACUCUUACUUCAACAAUUACAGAUCCAUCAGGUAAAACACCUCCUGCUUCUACAUUGACAAUUGAAUCCUUAUAGCCUACUGUUAAAGGAAAUGAAAAAACUUAAAUAACAGGAAAGACUGAUUCUGCUGGAAAAUUUAGUUUAUAGGUCCCUUGUUAUAAGAAUGUGGAUGAAUCUUUUAUAUUAGAUGUUAAAGCUGAUAAAUAUAGAGAUGUAAAAUCUGAUAAGAUUUAAUUCUCAUGUUCUGGUCCAGCAAUAUCCUUACCUCCAGUGAAAAUUAAAUAUGAAUUAGCACCUACUAACACAAAAUUAACUGUGGGGGGAGAGAUUAUUGGACCUAAAGGUAAAGGUUAAUCAGGUGUGAAUGUUAAAUUAACUUCAGAUCCUGUUACUAAAGAAUUUGAAGCUAAAACGGGAUCAGAUGGUAAAUGGUCUAUAUUAGAUGAUUAAUUACAAUUUGAAACUAAAUAUCAAUUGACUGAAUCUUUUAAUGAUGCUAGUGGAUAAAAUCAUAAAGUUACAUAAGCCUUUUAAACAAAUAAUGAGAAAUCCGAAAUGACUUUUCCAAAAUAAUAUUAUGAUGAUUUUGUUUAAUGUGAAAUUGAUGGUAAAAUAACAUCUGAGGGUGGAAUAUUUCCAUCUAAUGUUCCAGUGAGUUUAUAAUGUGAUGCUUUUGGUGAAAAUAAAGUACCUAUUGAUCUUAAAACAAAUACAGAUUCUACUGGAUCAUAUUAAUUCAAAUGGAAGAUGCUAAUGAAUGCUAAUUCUAAUGUUGAUUGUUUACUUAUUUCACAUGAAACUGCUAAAUUUUAAUAAACAAAUAGUAGAUUCAAAAUAAAUCCAAAUAGUGAUGUUAUGAAGAUAACAAAUUAAGCUCAGGUGACAGAACAAUUCAAAGCAUAACUUACUAAAUAUUAUCAAUAUUCUAUUAUUAAUGGUGCUGUAAUUGCUGAAUUUGAUUGUAACUCAAAAUUAGAAUGGAAAGGAUUAGAAGGGGUUAAUAUAAAACUUAAAUAAUGGAAUGGAAUUUCUUAUGCAGAUCUUAAAAUUGAAUCAAAGAGUGACAAAGAUGGUCUCUUUGUAAUUAAACAUUAAAUUCUGAAAAGGUAUUUAUUUAUAUAUAUAUAUUAAAUAGUUAAAUUUAAAAUGAAAUGAGAUUAGAAUUUACUAAAUAAAAUUAUAUUCCAACAACAGCUGAGUUUAAUCUUUAUUCAUUUGAUCCUUAAUUAGAUGGAUCAUAUCUUAUCUAAUUAUCAAAUAUAAGAAUGGUUAAGAUUGGAUAGCCAGACAAAUGUCCAUCAAUUAAGAAAAAUAGACAUCAUCAAUGAUAU